UUUGUAUGGGAAAUGAUAUGGGGGGAAAUGAUUUUAUUUUACAUUUUACGACAAGGUUUUGGAACAGCAAUUUCUCUUACAUGUAAUGCGCAUGCGUUUGUCACGUGAUUUUGCCAUUUUUCAGACUUCCAGGAAAAGUGUUGCAGGUCGUUUAUGUCAUAUUUUCUGAGUAAAAUCGUUUAGACGGAAUCACGUUAGUCAUCAACGUUGGAAAACCGUUGUCUGAGUGACGACAACAGCAGUCUGAAGUUUUGGUAAGUUUCUAAUAAGCUACUGUGUGUCGUUGUGGCGUCUGAUGUAGAGUAAAUGUACUGUGUUUGUAAAUUUGCCUUGACGCAUCUCUUUGAUUACUUAGUAGCUUGCCGAACUUGCAGUAGAAGGAACGAAAAGCGUGUCUUUGUGCCUCGAAUAGUUUUGUGAAAUUAUAUAUAGUCAAAAGUGUUGUGUGUUGUGUAUUUGAGUAAUUAAUCGACACUCUUGAUUAAUGUUACAAUGAUCGUAGUUUUGAAGAGAUCGUGUUGAUAUGGGAACAAGACACUUUCUGUAACGUUUAGAUAAGCAAUACAAAUAUUUUGGACACAUAUUUUCGUACUUUGUAUUUGGCAUUUUCAGUGUAUACAUCUGUUGAUAUACAAAAGAGAGGCCAUCGUGCCGCUAUGAAGAUUCUGGUUUGGCUGAAGCGGACUGUAAUUCAAUGUCCCUGUGGACUAAAGCACAGCAGCUACAAGGCGAUGCACUUCAACAAGUCCGUGCAGUCUAUGGGGAGCAUUUCCCUAUUGAAGUUAGGCAUUUCUUGGCAGCAUGGAUUGAGGAGAAAAUGUGGACUGACAUAGAUCCAGAAAAUCCUCAACAUGAGCAGUAUGUUGCUGGUUUAGUGACUUCUCUUAUUCAGGAAUUGGAAACAAAAGCUCAAACCAUGACGACAGAAGAUCUUUUCCUCACAAAACUCAAACUAAUGGAAGCUGCCAAUAUGUUUAGGCAAAGAUAUGUGCACAAUCCCCUCAACCUCUUCCGAAUAAUUCGCCACUGUCUUAACACGGAAAUGAAGCUGGUUCAACAAGUGGAAAAUGUAGCACUAGGUCAUGGUAUGGGCCAAGGGUUAUCACUAGUUCCAGACUCAAGCGCAGAAAUUGCACAACAAUUAGAUUUUUUACGCAGACGCACACAGGAAACUGGUGAAGACCUUCGCAAAAUGGAACAAGAACAGGAAUCAUUUGCUUUGCAGUAUCAUGAAUGCACCAAACUAAAUGCUCAUUUACAACAUUUGCAGACUCAAGGUCAGACUCAACCUCCAAGCCAACAGAACAUCGAAGUUGAAAAGAAAUUACGACGUCAGAAAGAAAUGCUGGAACAGAUGUUGAAUCAGAAGGUUGCAAAUUUGAUGCAGUUACGGCUGACAUUAGCAGAUAAACUGAAAGAUACUCUCUCUCAUCUGAAUGGCUUACAAUCUCGAGUUUUGGAUGAUGAACUGAUCAGAUGGAAACGUGAACAACAACUUCAAGGAAAUGGGGCUCAAUUCAACAAUAAUUUGGACACCAUACAAGAAUGGUGUGAGACACUGGCUGAGAUUAUUUGGCUGAAUCGUCAACAGAUCAAGGAAGCAGAAAGAUUGAAAGUGAAGUUGAAUUUAGAUCCACCUGGUGUUGUUGAUAUGUUACCAAAUCUAAAUAGCAAAAUAACACAGUUGUUAUCUUCACUUGUGACGAGUACUUUCAUAAUUGAGAAACAACCACCGCAGGUGAUGAAAACAAACACUAGAUUCACAUCUACUGUACGUCUUUUGGUGGGUGGCAAGUUGAAUGUACAUAUGACACCUCCACAGGUCAAAGUUACUAUAAUAAGUGAAGCACAAGCUAAUGCACUUCUCAAGAAUGACAAGAUGGCAAAAAGUGAAGCUAGUGGAGAUAUCCUCAACAAUACUGGAACAAUGGAAUAUCACCAAGCUACAAGGCAACUAUCUGUCAGUUUCAGGAACAUGCAGUUAAAGAAGAUAAAGCGUGCUGAAAAGAAGGGAACUGAAUCGGUUAUGGAUGAGAAAUUCUCCCUUCUUUUUCAGUCACAAUUUUCAGUUGGCGGUGGCGAGCUUGUUUUCCAGGUUUGGACUCUGUCUCUUCCUGUUGUUGUCAUUGUUCAUGGAAAUCAGGAACCACAUGCUUGGGCUACUGUUACUUGGGACAAUGCAUUUGCUGAACCAGGAAGAAUUCCCUUCGCUGUUCCUGAUAAAGUAGCAUGGCUACAAGUGGCUGAUGCUUUAAAUAUGAAGUUCAAGGCAGCCACAGGCCGUUCACUUACUGAAGAAAAUUUGAGGUUUUUAGCUGAGAAGGCUUUCAGGACUCAAGUAAAUGACUACAGUGGAAUGAUGUUGAGUUGGUCCCAAUUUUGCAAGGAGCCCCUCCCAGAGCGCAAUUUUACUUUCUGGGAAUGGUUUUAUGCAGUAAUGAAGUUGACCCGCGAACACCUCCGUGGACCUUGGAAUGAUGGAUACAUUUUAGGUUUUGUUCGCAAAAAGCAAGCAGAAGAAAUGUUAUCUGCAUGUGCCAAUGGUACUUUCCUUCUGAGAUUUUCAGAUUCUGAAUUAGGAGGUGUAACAAUUGCAUGGGUGGGUGAACAAACGGAGGUAUUCAUGUUGCAGCCAUUCACCAGCAAAGAUUUUGCAAUUCGUAGUCUAGCUGAUAGAAUCUCUGAUUUACAACAUCUUGUUUACUUAUAUCCAGAAAUUCCAAAAGAUCAAGCAUUUGGAAAGUACUACACUCCUUUUAAUGAUAAUCAGCCAACUUCUGUGAAUGGCUAUGUGAAGCCACUUCUAGUGACACAUGUGCCAGGUUGGAGUGGACCUGGUUCCAUGAGUUAUCCCAACACUCCUCAGAUGUACCCCCAUUCUCCUGACCCUAGUGUCACAAGAGACACUCCAUCAGUUGCAAGUGCUGUUAGUGAUUCUGUCAGUAGCUACCAGGGGGCCCCUGGCGGUGUAGACAUGGACUACGAACUACCAAGUGUGGAUAUUUCUGAUGAUGGCAACUUCGACUUGACAGGCUUCAAUUUCUCGGAUCUCAUACAACAAUACAGGCCCUGAAGAUGCCCAAGGUAUGAAGACAAUGAAUGAAGAAUAAGUUUGUACUUCAUUCUUUACCACAUCUUGAUACUGUGUUCUAUAGGAAGGAUAGUCAUCCUUUUAUCAUAGGUCCAACACAGAUACAGUGAAACCCAUUUACAGUGUUCUAGAAUAAUUGUGGUUUUCUGAAUAUUGUGCCAUCUCAUUUCAGUAUCCACAUAUUUAUUUUUGUUCUUUUUUCAUUAUUUUAUAGUGGUUUAUCCACAUGCAUGUUGAAAAUGUUGCAAAUCUAUUUAAGAAUGAGAAGAUUCAAGUUAACGUGACACUUGCAUUUGCAUGUGACUACUUUCUGCACUGUCAUCUUUACAAAUCUUUUUGUUCAAAGGUAUACCAACUGAUUUUUAAAUCUUCAAAGUAUAAAUGUUUUGUUAUUCAGGGCAUUAAUCAGUUAUCUUUUUGAACAUCUUGUACUAUGCAUUUCAGAUUUUCAAGUUGAGUAUCUGCAUGAUACUUAAGUACUGAGAGUGAAUAUUCAUUAUAAUCCGUUCAAGGAAGUAUCAUGGUAGACAUUGCCAGUUUGGGAACUGUUUGGUAUUCAAUGUUAAAAGAGAUUCUGUUCUUUUCUAAACUAUCCUAUCUGUCUACCAACCGAUGUGCUUUGUUAUUGUGCAAAGGAAAGUUAAAGAAAAUUAUGAUUUAGAUGAAUACCUUUCGUACAUUAACUUUGUAAAACUAUAUAUAUAUAUAUAUAUAUAUAAACACUAUAAAGGGGUGUCACUGUAUUGCCUGAGGUCAUACAUUGUCAAAGAAUAGACAGUAUUGCAGCAAAUUUUGUUGGGUCUUGACAGUGUAUUUCAUUAAUUUUCUUGCUGCAAGAAUGUUGAUUAGUGCCAUUGUGAAGAAACAAAUAGUUAAGUUUUUAUAUUCUUCAAAGAUAACGCUUGUAAUUUUAUAGUCUUACCCUUAAUUUUCUAAAAUAUUUCAUGCGUAUUGUUUCGAUUUAAUUUUGUAGAAAACACUGCAAUGAUCUUUUAGUUUACGAUGCUAAAAAUUGUUAAAUGAAAUUAGGGGUUUAAGGCAAAUGGUUACUGUGAUUUAGCUUUUUGUAGAUUGUCAUUAAUAUAGUGUAUUUAAAUUGAAAAAUCUAUCUUUACCACAGAUUAUUUCUAUUUCUAAAAAAUGAAGGAAAUUUUGUCAGUUUACAGAAUUUUAUAGGAUUGACAGCUCUAUGCUGAAACUAAUUUACUUUUUUGUAUUUUAUAUAUUGUACCCUGAUACUUCAGGAUUUUAGUACAAAUUCAGUACAAAUAAUGUAAUUGGCAGUAAUUAUGUAUAGAAUUGCUUUUUUUUUUUUAAUUUCAACUUAAAAUAAUGUGUGUACAUAUUAAAACAAAGAAUAGUUAAUACUGACAAAGCAGUAUGAAUAUAAUUAUUGUAGUGUGGAAGUAGUCUACUUACUUGAUCAGUAGCUUCCAUGAAGAGUAAAUAAUAAGUGAUGUUUGUGGAAUUUAAAAAAUACAUAUACUUAUUUUAUAUUUAUAUAAGGGUGAUUCUUAUUGAAAAUGUCCAAAAUUUCCAAUUCAUUCCAAUCAGAUUAAAAAUAAGAGAACUUAUAAAUAAGGAUAUAAAAGUGUGUGCCCAGUAUUCUUUCUUUAAUCAGAGAUCAUUCAUUGUCAAUAUCAAAUUUGGUUCAGUAAUUAUGACCAUAUGGUGCAGCAAGAGAAAAUUAUUAUUUAAAGCUUAUGCAAUUGUUCGUCUAUUUAACACUUUUAUAAAUUCAUAAAACAAUAAUAUAUAAUAAUAAUAUGUGAAUUACAUGCAAUAGAAAAGUAUGAAUUACUUUCUUGGAGAAUCAAGGGACACUCAGAGUUACUUGAUUUUAUUGUCAAAGUCAAGCUUAUUUUUUAAGUGUUAAUGAAAGAAAAAAGUUGCAGAAAUCCUUGUAACUGCUGAAUAAAUCCUUCACAUUAAUGAGUACAUGGGUAUAACUUUUAAAACUGGAUGUCAUUCCUUUUGCUUGUCAUUUCCAAAGAUGACCAAAUUGAUAAAAAUUCAAUCUUAUACGGUCUGAAUCGCAUGAUUGUGUUAUAUAAUUUGUUUUUGUUUCACUGCUACACGGUAAAGAGCAGAGAUACAUUUCAGAAAACAUUACAACAAUUUGGGUCAGUAUGUGUAAGCAAAGUGAAUUGAGAAUCCUAUCCCAAACCCAAAGCAAUGUUUUUACCAAAUAAAGUAUAAUUGACUACAUUAAAUUUAUAAUUAAAGACUAAAAAUAUUGGCUGCAUACAUGUUUUUGUUUACUUUUACUUUUAAAUAAGUAUGUUGUCUUAUCUUUAACCUAAUUGGAAAGAGGUAUGAACAUUUUGUCCAGUUUUAAUAAGAAUGACCUAUAAUUGUUUUUUUCUCUUACGUACUUUAUUAUCAUCUAUGUAUACUAUAUUAUAUAAAAAAUUGUCAUUGGAUUAUAAAGUUAUGUAAUAAUGUUUUGUCUGCUGUAGUCAGAAUGGGAAAAUUACUGGGAUGCACGAAAAUACUGGUUUGCAACCUUAAUAAUAUUGUAGCCCAAUGAAAUAUUUUUUUUUUAUAAGACAAGGACUCUGUUGUGAUAAAUUUAGGACUAAACUUCUCUUCAAUUUUUUUGAAGAUUUUUAUUUUAAGCUAAAGAAUUAGAAUUCAUAUUGAAUUGAGGCAUCAUGGAAAAUACUAAAACCCUCUUAUAAUAGGGAGCAUAUUCUAUGAAAAAUUAGAAAAUUUGCAAACAUUUAAAACCAAAUAAACAAAAUAUUACUAUUAUUCCAAGGAAUUAUCUGAAUUUGACAGUAAAUUUUAGAAGUUAAGACACUGCAGAGAGGAAAAACCUUACAACUAUAUUAGUGAAAUAUCAGUACAUCAAAAAAUCCAUUUAACAAAAUUAUUUCCAGAUUCCUCCUAUGGUUUAUUUGUUAAAUGAAAUUAUUUUAAUGAAAUUUAAAGUUUUAGUAUAAUGAGUGUUAUGGAUAUAGUAUAAUUUUGUUUAAAGAAUUAAUGUCAUUCAUUACAACAAAAUUAUACUAUAACAAACUCAUUACAAAGAUCUCCAUAGUUUCAUUAUAUCUGUGAUGUAUUAUUGAGUAUAUGUAUUUUAUGUGGAGAGCUCAGAAAAAAAUUAUUCAUUAUAAUUUGAAGCUUUUCAUUCUAUUAAAAGAAGUCUGCACAAUUUGCAAAAAAAUAUUGGUAUUUUUAAAAAUAAUCUGAUAAAUAUUUUGUCGUAAGUUUCUGGAAAACUAAAAUCUUGUAACAUGCAGUAGUUUCUUUGUGACUGCAGAAUUCAAUUAACAUCCAAGCCCUUUGGUGCAUUUUGAGUAAGAUUUUCUUAUCUUUUCAGUUUAAAAUAUUGUAUUGUGAAAAUACUUAAUGCUGUGUUGCAGAAAAAAUGUAUGGCCUGGCAUAUUUGUCGCCAAAUCAUGGUAUUUUUAUUUUAGAGCUUCCAAAUGAGUAUGGCCAUUUUUCUGUUGCCAGUCUCUAUCUGGCACCAUCCUUAGCAGUGAUGUAAAUUAUAAACUGACAGAAAAGAAACGUUGGGGAGGGGGUGCAAAAAUGAAUUUUCCAUGAACCUAUUUCUGGAGUCAUGUUCUGAAAAUCCGGGCAGAAAAUUUGACAUUUUCUCCAAGUGCCUGGUGACAGUAUUGAUGGCACUUGUUACAAUGGCACCUUUACUUUGAAGACAGAUUUAGGAAACAAAUAUUUUGUACUAAUGAAAUGGAGCAUCAUAGGUAUUCUUGGUUUUAACUUUUUUCUCCCUUAUUUGGAAUAGUUAACUCAUUCUCAUUCCAAAAUAAUUUACAACAUAAGGCCAACAGAAUUUAUAAAACAUUAACUCUCAGUUCAUUACCAUAUUUAUGACAAUAGAAGCCAAUUUCAAUGGAAAACUACCUCCCUUAUUUUCAGAGGCAUCCUGAGAGUUGAUUUAUUUCUCUCCUCUCUUUCUCCCUGUGUGUAUGUGGGAGGGGGCGGUCGUGGAUGUGUUUAUUAUUUAAAUCUUACGAUUCAGUCGUAAUAAAAUUGUACUCUGAAAGUCUUUUUGCGUGUGCUAUCUCUGUUUACUUAUCACGUUUGUUAGUUUGCCGGCAAAGUCGUACAAAAAUACCAAAUACAUACAUCGUUUUAUUUCUCGAGUGGUGGAGUUUUGAACUCUUAUAUCCUCCUAUCCCAACAAAAUCGCUGCCGAUUUGCGUCCCUUGUUUUGCGUUUCGCGUACCAUUCGAGAUUUACUUUGUCGGCCCUCUCAAAAAUACAGGUUUAUCUCGCUUUGCACGUUAUGAGUGCCAAGAAAAUUUCCGUAAUUAUCAUUAGGUAUUAUACAGAAAGACAUUGAAAGGUAUGUAACAUUUUUGCAUUGGAAUGCAGCUUAAAGUAUUUGAUAGAAAGGGAAACCAGUUAUCGUCAGUCUGACUUUUCGAUAUGUAAAAUAAGAUAAUAAUGUGCAACAUUUUUGGCCGAAUUUUCAGUGACGAAAUUUUCCACUGAAUUUCCUAACGAAACACUAAUGUUAUUCUCUAGUGCUUCAUUGUACCUGGUUCCAUCCGUUUCUUUAUAAGUUCAGUGUUUGAGAAAUUAAGUGCUACUGAAAUGUGCGUCAAAUGUUUGCGAAUAAUGCUCGCUGCCCAACUUUUACCCAACUUGCAUUCGAAUGUAGCCUUGCUUGUUGCGUCCUGCGAAAAGGUCUGCUUUGCACAAUUGCGGAGAAAACGGGCGAAUAGACAGGACAGCUUUUGGUAUGAUUUAUGGAACACUGGCUGCAUUCGCAACUAAAGAAUUGUUUUCGACGUUCUGUUUCCGUGUCUGUUAGAACGAAAUUGACCUUUACGCACGUUUUAGGAAGUAGAUAGGGUUUGUUAUCGCCUUUGCGGCAUAUUGGUACGUGAGAAUUCGAGUUUUGCUACAUCGAAAGGUAAAUUAAAAUUACUGAUUCCAGCGGACGUGGCCUACUUUCAAAUUUCUCACCCCGUGUUUCUCGAAUGAGCAGAAAAAACUCGCCUUGUAUUUCAAUAAAUAUGAUAAUUGACAAAGUUCUAGCAAAUAAAUUAAAAAUGUUACGAAACCCAACGGAAUUAGAAUACAACGAAGGAAAACAUGAUCUGUAAUGAAAUUAUUGUACAGUAUUCGCGAAGCAGUUUCGUCAUUUAAUUAGGUGCAUUUUUGGAAAUUGUUUUAAUCACAUAUGAUCAUGUAAUAAUACUCACAUGCCUGUGAAUAAUAAUUUCCUUAUUACUUCUCUUCUGAGGAGUCAGGAGUUUUUGUUACAUGUAUUUAUAUAGUACAAUAACAAGUAUUGCAGUGUAGAAGUAUUUGAAAUUUUCAUGGUGCCUACAUAAAAAUUAUUAGUAUUAGAAAGAUGAGAAUUUGGGAGAUGGGGGGAGCCUUACUAUUGCAAGAACUUUACAGUUCAAAAUUUUGGCCGUGAGAUGAUUAAAUCAAUAGUGAUCACAUCUUUUUGUGAAGUAAGAACCUGAAUAAGUUUUAAAAGUUGUUUUAAAUGGAAACUUUUUCAUUUAUUUUUAGCAGUAGACAGUUUAUAAUUACUUCAUAAACCAAUAGUUAACUGUGUAUUCUUUUAAGAAGGGCAGUUGCUUCUUCAUCCUUUCUAGCAAAAUAAAGAACUAAUGUGUAAGGGACUUAAUUAAAUAAUUUAUCAACUCAGAUCUGUAUGAAUUUGUUGUACCUUUUGAGAGAAUAGUGUGACUAUUUUUGCUUAUUAUUUAUUAAUGUAUUGGUUUACUUAUGCCAAGGAGUAUCAUAUAUCUUUAUGCUCUAUGAUGUAUGGAAAUUACAAUUAUGACUCUUUGAAAAAUUAAAUCUUAAUCUGAAACAGAAAUGUCAACUAAACCAAAAACUUUGUAAGGUGGACAUUACAUAUCUAAAACAUGAGAAAAAGUUGAUCUACUUUGUAAUUAACGUUCCAUCUUUGUAUUUUGCACUGAAGUUUUUGUCUGUGUUUGUGUAAGGGAGUGGUGUCAAUAACCUUUCAUUUUGUUUGUUAUAUAAAGAGGAAGCAUUUUAAUCUUUGACAAUUUUUCUGCAAUUACUAGAGUAUAUUUUGAGGAUUUAUUCAUCACAAAUUAGAAGAUCAUUGUGAUGUCUCUCAAUGUAUUGUUGUGAGUUCAUGUGUAAAUACUGAAGAACAAUUAAGGGUGAGACUACUAUAAAUUUAAAAUUGAAGACUACCCUUAAAUUUGUGUCUUGAGAAUGUGGAUUUUGUAGAUUUGGAUUUAAUUUCAAGAAACAUGUCCUAAAUGAAAUUCAUUGUAAAAAUAAUAUAAGGUUUUCCUUCUAUAAUGUGAAGUGACACUUCAGAUACUUUCUUGAAGUAGCUUUGGAUGUGCAAUGUUGAACUACAUGUGCAAUGAUUUAAAAAUUGUUCUCGACAUUUGCAUAAAUGUCAAAGAAUUUUUUUAUUUUUUAUAUAUAUAUUUUUUUUUUGAAACUGCAACAAAUUCAGCACA